ACCAUAAUACUAUCACAUUUUGGGAAAAAAAAGCGGGCACAAAGCAUAAACAAACCGGCAAUGUCGCUCACGGAUAUUUUGGAAUUAAACAAAACUGAAUUGUUUGCGAAGAUUCGCGAUGGCUUGCCCCUGGCGCAGAGGACUCAGAACCUGUUGGACUGCAAAGACGACCUUCUGUUCGCCUGGGACGCCAAGGAGUGCUGCUUGUUGGUGCGCAACUGGCGUUCCUCACUGGCGGCCGAUGUGAAUGUCCAGUUUCAGACCCUGAUCCCCUCGAGCACGGUGAGCCUUGAGGUGGACCGCGUGCUGGCCUCCAACGAGUGCUCCCUGGUAGCGCUAAGCGGACCACGCGGCGUGACCAUCCUGGAGCUGCCCCGCCGCUGGGGACCUGAGGGAUACUACAAGGACGGCAAGGCCAGGAUCACCUGCCGCACCUUCGGGCUAGAUACUCAGCUGUUCCUCAACAACCCGCACCUGGAGGUGCGUCAACUGCGCUGGCAUCCGCACUCUGUAUCGGAUUCUACGCUACUGGUGCUGCUUAACAACAACACCAUCCGGGUGUACAACCACUCCAAACUGCGCCACGUGUGGCAAGUUGGUCCAUCGUUCCGCCGAGGCGAAGCCAACAGCUCCCUCUGCGACUUCGGCGAGGUGGCCGUGGACUUUGACAUUGCCCCCGCAAAGAAACCAGUUGACACAGAACCCGCCACGGAAAACGAAUCGACUUUGGAUAAGAGCAACAGAACCCUGAUCGCGGCCAAAUCGGUGCCUAAGCAGGACAAGAUCGAGUGGCCCUUAGUGGUGCUGCGCGAGAACGGCAACAUUUACGUCUUAAUGACAGGCCUGGACUCGGACAAUACGCGUCUGCAGGGCCCCAUUACCAUAACGCCUCAAACGCAGGACAACUAUGGGCUGGAGUCGUGUGCUCUCCUGAUUAUUCCCUCGCUGCCGCCGACUGUUGUUAUAGCCGAAUCUAACGGCAAGCUACAUCAUGCUCUGCUCAUGGAGGCGGAGGGCACCGAGCAUUCCUUUAACGAGGUGGAUGACUUUGUGCUUAUUGAACCCGCCGAAUACGUUAUACACGUUCUUGAAACUGUGGAACUGGAGCUGGGAUUGGCUGCUUCUGGAGCUGGAGGUGUAGCAGGAGCUUCCUACAACUAUCCAGUUUAUUUGAAACGUGAUUUGAUAAACGAAAUGCGCUACUUUGCCUACCACAACGCAGGCCUUCACGCCGUCACCGUGAGUUUCAUCUCCGAACUGCAGCGUUACCUGGACAGCGAGUCCGAAGAAGACAGACUGGAGCUGGCAGCCUCUUCCCGGGCCGAGUAUAUCCUGUGCACUAAAUUCGACUCCAGUGAGUCUGUGAACGCAGUCUUUGGACUGGCUUUGCUGCAAAUUCCGGCCGGAGUGGUCCUGCUUUUGGGCAGCGGCCAGGUCAUCAGUCUUAAGCUGGUUAUCGAUGCCCAACUACUAGUGACACCCAAUGAGAAUAAGCAGGCUUGCUUAGAUGUGACGCAGCAAGAAAGUGGCCCUUCGUUUGUCGACACUAUUAAAUCGCUAUUGCAGCGCAGUGUAAACCAGCCCAUCCUCGCGGAAAAACUUUCUUCGCCAUCCGCUCAGGAGAGCUACGAACUACUGAACCAGGCCAUCGAGGUUCUACGCGAACAGUACCUGAAGCGGCAUGACCUCGUCCGCGCUGCCUUCGCCCGGCACAUCAACCAGAUCCAGCUGAAGAAGGAGCAGCAACUGCAGGAGAUCCAGGAUCUGGAGCACGAGCGCGAGUUGAUCAGCGAGCGGGCCCACAAGCUUGCCGAGCGCUUUGAGGAGAUCAGCUACAGUCAGGAGCUGCUCGUGCGCAAAUGCAACGGGCUGAUGCAGAAGGCCAAUGCCGCUCUUCCGAACAAUGUGGUGGCGGAGCGCGAGUUUGCCCAGGAAGUUGCCCGUCUCAACACCGUCACCCAAAGCAUUGCCGCUGGAUUGGAGGGCGCCAAGAAGACGCUGAACAAACAGCGGUACCAUAUUGCUAAGAGCCAGGAGGAUCUGAAAAAAAAUGCGUACGAGCUGCCGGAAAAGCAACACCGUACUAUUACUGAGAUACUUACCCAAUUGACCGGGGAGAUCGAUCGCCAGAUCACCGACGUCAAGCGUAUCAACAAAAUCGUUGGUGUAUAAACUCGGAUUGGAAAGCAUACUGAUAUAUUUAGCCACGUUUUUGUUUAUGUUAAAUCCGAAUCUUAGAACUAAAACGUAUUAAAAAUAAAAUUGUCGAUUAAGUCAUAUA